CAAGGAAUGGAACGAUUACAAAUUACGCUGGAACCCGGCAGAUUACGACAACGUCACUUCCAUACGCGUUCCCUCCGAGAUGAUCUGGAUCCCGGAUAUCGUCCUUUAUAAUAAUGCGGACGGAGAAUUCGCGAUCACUCACAUGACUAAAGCGCAUCUAUUUUAUAACGGGAAAGUCCAGUGGGUCCCACCGGCGAUCUACAAAAGUUCCUGCAGCAUCGACGUGACCUUCUUUCCUUUCGACCAGCAGAACUGCAAGAUGAAAUUUGGUUCUUGGACCUACGACAAAGCCAACAUCGACCUGGAGAGCAUGGAACGCAACGUGGACUUGAAGGACUAUUGGGAAAGUGGGGAGUGGGCGAUCGUCAACGCCGUGGGAACGUACAACUCUAAAAAGUAUGACUGCUGUACUGAGAUAUACCCCGACAUCACGUAUUAUUUCAUCAUUCGGAGGCUACCCCUGUUCUACACAAUUAAUUUAAUCAUUCCGUGUCUGUUAAUCUCCUGCCUUACUGUGCUCGUGUUCUAUCUUCCGUCGGACUGCGGGGAGAAAAUUACGCUCUGUAUCUCCGUCCUCUUAUCUCUCACGGUCUUCCUUCUUCUGAUUACGGAGAUCAUACCAUCUACCUCUCUGGUAAUUCCGUUAAUUGGGGAGUACCUCCUCUUCACUAUGAUCUUUGUCACUCUGUCCAUCGUUAUAACAGUUUUCGUGCUCAACGUCCACCAUCGGUCUCCCAGCACCCACAAGAUGCCCCUCUGGGUGCGUUCUAUCUUCUUGGAUUACAUACCUAGAUGGCUUUUCAUGAAGCGCCCACCAGCCCCAGUGGAGGAAGUUAUAAGCCAAUACGACACACCAGAACUUAAGCUCAGUACUUCCAAAUACUGGAUGGAGACUGACGUGGACGAAAAGUGGGGGGACCCUGAAGCUGAGAUUCGUCCUUCCCACGUACGACAUGUGUCCUCUCAUGGUCAUGGCCUUCAGUAUCGUUAUGACUAUAACCACCAAAGUGCUGGUGGACAGAGUCAAACCCCUCGUCAGGACAUUGAACCAAAUUUCUUGUUAUCCCCGAGCAUAAUGAAAGCUUUGGAGGGGGUCCACUAUAUCGCUGACCAUUUACGAGCUGAAGAUGCUGACUUCUCUGUGAAAGAAGACUGGAAGUACGUCGCGAUGGUGAUCGACAGAAUAUUCCUCUGGAUGUUUAUCAUUGUCUGCUUGCUGGGGACAAUCGGACUGUUUCUACCUCCUUUCAUGGCCGGAAUGAUCUAGGAUUUUAUUUAUUUUGCGUAUUUUUGGCGAGUUUUCUGGAAACAACCAUAUUUUAUUUUUAACUGCCUCAAUGUUUCCGGUUGAAAGACGUUGACCCAACACGGGUUGUACUCGGAUUCCAUGAACGUGCCGAGACCUAUGUAUCCGGAUCCAGGCAUCUGUCACAAAUGGAGGACAUCUCAUAGAGAAACGGCGCUCAUGAAUAAAGUAAAUGACAUCAUUGAUUCAA